UACCCUUAUCACACCCUAAAAUGGUGGAAUGGGUGUUUCUAGACUCUAUUCCUCACCGUCUAUUAAAUAUUCCAAUUUCUCCGGACCUUCAUCUCCAACCUCCAUAACCUUCCUCAGUCAACACAGAUCUCCUCACCUCUCCCCUUUUCCGUCCCUCAAUUUUGACCACAUUCUUCACUCCCACCAAACCCCUCUUCCUCACACAUUCACCCUUCAUCCAAACAGGUUUCAAGAUUAUUGGGUUUUGUUUGGUUUUGGGGGACAGGGGGUGGAGAAGCUAAACAAGAUGGAGAAUGCGGAGUCCACUACGACGUCGUCUUAUACGUAUUGGGUUAGAGAAGCUAAACAAGAUGCUGCACCACUCCCUGUUCCUAAAAAACUAACUGCUGAUGAUCUUUCAGUUGGGUCUAAUGCUUCCAAUCAUCUUGGGUCUGCUUGGAAUAAGGCUGGAACAUGGGAGGAGAAGAAUUUAAAUAAAUGGGCAACUGAAAGAAUCAAGGAGUUAGUUCUGUCAGUUGGUUCGUUGGAGUUCUCUUCUGGAAAGGCAGAAAUUGCAGAAGUAACCAGAUGCACAGGAGAUGCAUUUUUGGUGACUGUAAGGAACAAGAAGCGUGUUGGGUACACAUACGAGAUAACAUUGAAAGUCAAAGGGGAAUGGCUUGUUGGCGGAGAAAAGAAAAAGUUCAAUGGCAAUUUGGAUUUAGCGGAAUUCUCAUUUGGGGAACUUGAUGAUUUGCAGGUUGAAGUGAGGCUGAACGAGGCCAAGGAUCUUCUUCAUGAAGAUAAACAACGGAUUCGUGAGGAUAUGAAGAAGUUUCUAAAGCCUAUUUGUCAGAAAUUACUUGAGUUUGAAGCCGAACUUAAAGAAAGGUAGAAACAAUGUUAUUUCAAGCCAUUCUGGGUGUCAAAGGGACCAUAUCUUUCUUAAAAAACAUAUAAUACUAAUGUCUGCCUAAACAACUUCAUUUGAUUUGCAAGAUAUUUAUUUGUAGGAUGUUGUGUUGUAAUGUUAGAUUUCACACGGGUUUGAAACUAUCAUCUUUCUUUCCUUUUG